CCAAGUUCAUUAGCUAUUCUUCAUGCAAUAUUGUGCUGGCUUGCUCUGAAGUGCUGUUCGUCUUAGCUGCCGCCACUCAGCAGAAGAAGUGGAGAGUUGGAUAAAGCCAAAAACUCAAGAGUACCUGGAGCAAACCAUCACUGUGUGUAUUUACCAUGGCAAAGAAGAGAGUGGCCAUUAUAGGUGCUGGCAGCAGUGGACUUUGUGGCAUCAAAUGUUGUUUGGAUGAAGGCCUGGAGCCUGUGUGCUUUGAAAGCAGCAAUGAUAUCGGAGGACUCUGGAGGUUCAAAGAGAUUCCUGAGGAAGGCCGGGCCAGCAUUUACAACUCUGUAAUCAUCAACACCUCCAAAGAGAUGAUGUGUUUCAGCAACUUUCCCAUCCCUGAUGAUUAUCCUAACUAUAUGCACAACUCAAAGAUCCUAGACUAUUUCCGGUUGUAUGCUAAGCACUUUGAUCUUCUGAAAUACAUCCACUUCAAAACUGCUGUGCGCAGUGUAACAAGGCGUCCAGAUUUCUCUAGCACUGGCCAGUGGGAUGUUGUCACAGAAACUGAUGGGAAACAGGAGUCAUCUGUCUUUGAUGCAAUUUUGGUAUGCACUGGCCACCACACCAAUGCACAUAUGCCACUGGACUCCUUCCCAGGGAUAAGAAAAUUCAAAGGGGGCUAUUUUCACAGUCGUGAUUACAAGAGCCCUGAUGAAUUUACCGGAAAAAGAGUAAUUGUGAUUGGCAUCGGGAAUUCCGGCGGGGAUCUUGCUGUGGAGAUAAGCCGCAAAGCAAAACAGGUCUUCCUCAGCACUCGCCGAGGGGCAUGGAUAAUCAAUCGUGUUGGUGAUGAUGGCUACCCUGCAGAUGUGGUACUUACUUCCCGAUAUAAUAACAUACGGAAACAAUUCUUCACCGACUCCAUGUUAAAUCAGUGGAUUGAGAAUAGACUGAAUGCCCGAUUCAACCAUUCCCAUUAUGGCUUGAAACCUAAACACAGAUUUCUGAGUCAGCAUCCAACUGUCAAUGAUGACCUCCCAAAUUGCAUCAUUUCAGGAAAAGUGUUGGUAAAACCAAAUGUCUCUGAAUUUACUGAAACUGCUGCCAUUUUUGAAGACGGCUCUAAAGAAGAGGAUAUAGAUUUUGUUGUCUUUGCCACUGGGUACAGUUUCUCUUUUCCCUUUCUUGGGAACUGUGUAAGAGUCAUUGAGAAUAAUAUCACUCUCUAUAAAUAUGUCUUCCCUCCUCAUUUGGAGAAACCUACACUGGCUUUCAUUGGUCUUGUCCAACCCCUGGGUGCCAUUAUGCCCAUUUCUGAACUGCAAGCUCGCUGGGCCACACAUGUGUUUAAGGGUGAUGCUACAUUACCACCAAUAAGCGAUAUGACGGCUGAUAUUACAAUGAAGCAAGUACUCAUGGAAAAAAGGUAUGUGAAAAGCCAGCGCCACACCAUACAAGUAGACUACAUCGAUUACAUGGAUGAAUUGGCUUCUUCAUUAGGAGUGAAGCCCAACGUUUGGUCUCUCCUUCUGACGGACCCCAAGUUGGCCUGGGAAGUGAUCUUUGGACCAUGCACCCCAUAUCAGUACCGUCUGCAAGGACCGGGGAAAUGGAAUGGCGCCAGGAAAGCAAUCUUGACCCAGCAUGACCGGGUUCUGAAGCCCUUGCGAACAAGGCCCACUGAUGACUCAAAGAAUGCCUUGGUGCCCCUUUGGUUAAAGAUGGUUGGCCUUCUUGUUCUCUUUGCUGCAUUAUUUGCUCAUUUUUAAAUGGUAAAGAUCUUCACUGCCAAAAAGCAAGUGGAAGCAGUGAGACGUUUCUUCUUCUUUUUGGCUUCAUCUUUUAACAAAAAAAUAGCAAAUAUAUAUAUAUAUAUAAAUGAUAAGAACACAACUCAAAAUUCAGUUAGGACAAGAUACAUUUUAUAUUGCAAACAUAGCAUCUAUAAUUAGUGCAAACCUAUCUUUGCCUAUGUAAGAAUUUAAAAAAAUAAUUCUUUUAUAACUUUUUGUAUUAUCUGUAAGUAGCUGUGAUACUAUUGGCUGGCAUAUUAUGCUGACACAAAACUGGGAUGCACCAUAGUGCAUCUAUGGCAGGCACAAUAGUAGCAUGGAAGUUUUCAUAAAAAGUGAUCUGUUGGGAGGAAGCUGACAUGCCUGAUCUUGAGCUGCUUGGGAGGAAUUACUGAUCUGGCAAUGGUAGCAGUUUCUCUUCUGUCCCCCAUAUCUCCCACCCUGGUGUGUGCCAUUCUCUAGUUAUAAUGCUUCCAGCCACUGUACUAUCAGUGUUUACAGAAAUUGUACAUUUCUCAUAAAUUCCUAAUUUCUAUCAUGGCUUUGUCUGCUCAGAUAGUUAUUGGAAAAAAACUGGCAAAAUACAGUGGGAUUUUCAGAUGUAGAACCAAUAAAUUAUGGAAAGGGACAUUAAUUGAAAAACUAACCAACCAAGUAAAAAGUGUUAGAAAUAGUAGAAACUGGUUUCCCUUGAUUUCUUUUAUCCUUAAAAGAAAAAAUAUGUUUGUUCCUCCAACUACUCAUUUAAGUUUAUGGAAUUAAUUCAUGACAUAUGGUGCAUGGAAUGAUGUAUUGGAGAUUUUGUACAUUUUGUGUAAUUCAACUGUGUGGUUGAUUUUGAUUUUCAGAUGAAUGUGUUUUCCCCCAUUUUCUGUUUACCUUAAAUGUAAUUAAAAUUAUUGGGUAAGAAAGAGAAAUUAAUGUAUAUUCCAUAUUGAAAGCUAAUAAAUAUAUUCAUAAAAUAAUAA